UCUCAAAAAAGACAUAAAUAGUUUUUUUUUUUUUUUGAUAAAUCCAAGACAUAAAUAUUCAUCACAACAAUAUGACAUUAUUAUUCAAAUAAAUAAUGUCACAUACGACAAAAAAACUGAUGAACUCAACACCAGAAAGAUUCAUUUCUUCAUUUGUAUAUUUUCCACAGAUUUAAUCCGAAGAAAUAAUUCCCAUAAAAAUGGCCACCGCCUCCUUCAAAUCCACUUCCAGAAGAGGCGCAGCUACAGAACCCAAAGCCCCGCCGCCCGCCGCCGCUUCACGGCGGCGUUCCCACAGCGUCAGCGCUGUUUCCCGGAAGACCCACGUCCCCUUCGACGACAAUACUCCGAUUUCCUCCGAAUUCUCCAAUAGCAGAGAUAACCCUCUUUUCUGGAGCAGAUCUUCUUCACCUCGAGAUAAAGAAGAAAGCGGAAGGAUCGGUGAGAUAGCUACCAGUAGUAAUAAGUCGUCAUCUAAAUUGAAUGCAAAGAGCGCAGUCAACGGCAAUGGCAAUGUCGGUGGUAACUCUUCUGGUGAGCAGAGGGGGCGCUCUGUUACGCGGAGUCUUAGCCACAGCAAUGGGAUCGGCCGCAGUUUGUCGAGGGUUCGAGGGCGCUCCGUCUCUACAGCUUCUCGUAGCGGAGCUUACGAGAAUGAGAAAGAGCAGGGUUGUCUUACUACUCCUAUCGCUCAAAGCAGACAUGAGGUGAAGAGGACUAGUAAUAGUAUAAGUAGAACUAAUUCAGUAAGAAAUAGGGUAAGUAACCCAGGGGAAGCGAAAUAUGCUGGAGUGAGAACGGCCCGGAAUCAAGCAAAAGAGUGGUCUGAAGACGAUUCUGCUUGUAGUUUGCAGAUAUCAAAUUUGGAGGAUGGUAUUUCAGUCGGUUCCUUGUCAGAAGCUGAAGAGAAAACCAUUAGAAAUGCAUUUGAAGAGUUGAAUUUUUUUCGAAGAAAUAAUGCCAACCAGGCUGCACCUGCAAAUGUUCCUGAUAUGUCCUCAGAUUUAGUAAAUUCUGAUGCUGUUGAGUUAAUCUCGGACAUCAGAAGGGAAUAUGCCAUAAAAUUGGAAGAGUCCGAAGAACGUGUCAGAAAACUUCGAGCAGAUCUUGCAAUUGAAGAGCACCGUGGGCAAGAGCUGGAUAGAAUACUUAAGGAGAUAGUUCCUGAUCGAAAGACUUCUGAUAUGCAGAGAUCUCGUCGAGGAAGAAAAACAAGCAAUGAAAGAAAACGGAUGUCGAACCGCCUAACUGAAGAAGCCAUGGCAUAUUUUGACGAAUGUGUGUCCUUGUCCACCUUUGAUAGUUCUGACUUCUCAGCUUCAGAAGAUCCAGCCUACAGUUUAGUUGGAGCUGCUGGACCUGUAGGCACUUCUUCUUUGGCAAAUGGAAAUCCGAGCACCUUAUGCUGUUAUGACCAGGGCAGUCUCAUUGAAAACAAAAAGAUAUAUGAUGACCAGUUGCAGCUCAAACCUUGCGAGGAUUCUGAACCAGCCGCCAACAACAGCAACGCUGGUCCAGGGAGCUGUCAACUUUACGAGUUCUCGUUUGCUGAUAAAAGGCUUGAUGAGGUCGGACCUCAAGCAGAUAUUAGGAGUUAUAUCAAGAAUUUUGAGAGAGAAACUAAGAAAGACAUAGAUUUGGAGGCUUCCAAUUCAUACUACGACGCUGAAGAAUACAACACACGAGGCCAGAUUGAGGGUGUAUUGUUUGACAGGGUGCUAUAUAACAGCAGAAUAGAGUCGGGUGGUUUGCUUUUAUGUGGUGGCGCUAUCUCGUGUCUGCCCUUUGCUUCAACUAUGUGAUAACACGAAAUUGCUUCGAUGAUGUGUUUUCUAACGGCCUGCUCUCUACGGAUGCAAUAAGCAUGCUGCCGUAGUCUCUUGGAUGCGUUGUGGUCGUGAACUUCUGCCUCGGAUAGUCUUUGCGACGCCAUUUCUUUUAAUUUUUUGGGGUUAUAAGCAUUGUGUAUAUGUAUGUAUUGCAACACAGAUUGUAUAUCUGUCUCAGUGAAUGAGGGAGCUCAUGUUAGAUUGAGUGAUGCAUGAAGGUUUGUAACUAGUGGUACCUUUUAUUGCAUACAAAAUAUGCCACCAUUUGUCUGUGUUUUGGGUUUUGAUCCAAAUAUGAUUUUCACUUAAUUUAUAAGAUUAAAUUUUUGUGUUA